AUGUUCGAGGUGCGGCUGGUGCAAGGGAGUGUGCUCAAGAAGGUCGUCGAGGCCAUACGGGAGCUCGUCACCGAUGCCAAUUUCGACUGCUCCUCCACCGGCCUCUCCCUCCAGGCCAUGGACUCGAGCCAUGUCGCCCUUGUUGCUCUUCUCCUCCGAUCUGAUGGUUUCGAGCACUUCCGGUGCGACCGUAACGUCUCCAUGGGCAUGAACCUCGCCAAUGUCUCCAAGAUACUCCGCACCGCUGGCAAUGACGACAUCAUCACUCUCAAGGCUGACGACGAUGGUGAUGUCCUCACCUUCAUGUUCGAGAGCCCUAAUCAAGAUAGGAUAUCAGAUAUUGAGAUGAAAUUGAUGGACAUCAAAAGUGAGCAUCUGGGAAUACCAGAUGCAGAAUAUGAAGCCGUUGUUAAGAUGCCUUCACAAGAGUUCUUGCGAAUUUGUAAGGAUCUCAGCAAUAUUGGGGACACGGUUGUUAUAUCAGUAACAAAGGAAGGUGUGAAGUUCUCAACCAGGGGUGAUAUUGGUAAUGCAAACAUUGUCUGCAGGCAGAACACCACUGUGGACAAGCCUGAAGAUUCCACAACUAUUCAGAUGAAAGAACCUGUUUCUUUGAUGUUUGCUCUGCGAUACAUGAAUUCCUUCACAAAGGCGACAUCAUUAUCAAGCUCCGUAACUAUCAGCAUGUCCUCUGAUUUGCCUAUAGUUGUUGAAUACAAGAUUGCAGACAUGGGCUACCUCCGGUUCUACCUUGCUCCCAAGAUCGAAGAUGAUGAGGAUCAAGCUUAACUAAGUCGGUUUGCCAUUCCUUUACUUGCAUGUUAAUUUCUUUAUUUUCAAGUUACACCAUUUUUUUUCAUGAAGACAUUUUAUGGGGUUAAUUUAAAUAAGACCAUUUGUUUGUGAUUUUGUUGUGAUAAAAAGCUUUAAGUUCAAAGUGAUAUAGGCUAACAGGCUUAACUCUGUUGACAAAGAAAUCACUUCUUUGUGACUACGAAUUCGUAUUCACGGCAAUACUCGGAGUUAGCUUCAAGUAUGAAUCUUAAAAUAAUGUCGAGUAAUGUUAAUGUAAUAACUAGUAUUGCUACCGGGCGCAAUGGCCGAGUUGUUAAGACAUUUGAUUGGCAUCAAGAUUGAUCAAGUCUUCUUUGGUUGGCUGCAA